CCCGGACCCGGACCCUGCGCCGCCGCCCCCCGCCCCGACACUGGUCCACCCGCCGGAAGUGGCCCGCCGCCGCCAGCCAGUGCACUUCCGGUGCCGACUCCAGGCUCAAACUGGAGGAUGAAGAGAAGGAAGUUUUCUAACCUCCACAUCUAUCAUCGGAAACUUGGGUAGCCCUGUGCGACAACAUCACUUGAAGUAAAUUAACAACUUCCUGGAUUUCUGAGUGGAUUGUAACUGGCAACCAAGACAAAGUCAAUGUAGUUUUAUGCAUACUGGUAUAUUGUGCAUCUACGUGCCUGAAAAUGCAAACAAUCAACGAAAAAAGAUUUGCCUGGAUGUAGGAUGUGAUUUGAGCAGAACAAAAUGGCAAAACGGAAGACGGGGUGUGACAUCAUGGCAGCUGGAAAGAAUAUGAAAUAUGAUUCUCUGGUGCUUUUGUGUGAAUGGGGGUCGUGUGGAUUUACUGCAUCUGGAAUGGAAGAUUUCAGCAAUCACAUCGCGGGGCAUUUGAAGGAGCAUUUAAAGGAGCAAAUCCAAGGAGACGAGAGUGAUAAUGAGCCACAAGAGGAGCAUCAGUGCCUGUGGGCCGACUGUGGGUUCUACUCGGUGGAGAGUUCAACAGACGUGAUCCGACAUGUAUAUUUUCACGCCUACCACACAAAGCUUAAAUACUGGGGUCUGCAGACUCUCCAGGCUCAGACUGAACUCGAACAUUGUUUAUUGGAUCGGCAGAGCCGUAAUAUCAUUCCAGAAAUUCCAGAGAGUUUUAUUUGCCUCUGGGGGCACUGUGACAGCACUUUUGAGAAUCCAGAAUGGUUCUACAGGCACGUGGACAUGCAUGGAAUGUGUUCAGAUCGUGAUGCAACCACAGACACUAAUAUUAUAAUUCCGUGCUGUUGGAAAGAUUGUGAGGCAACAUUCAAAGUAAAGUUUAAGUUACGGGAACAUUUGCGAAGUCACACUCAGGAGAAAGUGGUGGCAUGCCCGACUUGUGGGGGAAUGUUUGCCAGCAACACCAAAUUCUUUGAUCACAUCCGCAGGCAGACAGCCACGGAAUAUCAACGCUUCCAGUGCUCCCACUGCUCUAAAAGAUUUGCCACUGAAAGGCUACUCAGGGAUCACAUGCGGCAUCAUGUGAAUUAUUACAAGUGCCCAUUUUGCGAUAUGACCUGCCCAGCACCAUCUGCCUUGCGGAACCAUAUCAAGUUCCGCCAUAGUGACGAGAAGCCAUUCAGAUGUGAAUACUGUGAAUACAGCUGCAAGAACUUGGUUGAUCUAAGAAGACAUUUGGACACCCACAGUGAAGACCCGACCUAUCGGUGUGAGUUUGCGGGUUGUACAUUCAGCGCUCGAUCCCAAUAUUCUAUCAAGUCCCACUACAGGAAGGUACAUGAGGGGGAUAUGGAACCCAGAUACAAAUGUCACGUGUGUGACAAAUGUUUCACCAGAGGUAACAAUCUGACCGUGCACCUCAGGAAGAAACAUCAGUUUAAGUGGCCUUCAGGUCAUCCCCGUUUCAGAUACAAAGAGCAUGAAGAUGGCUACAUGCGACUACAGCUAGUACGUUAUGAGAGUGUUGAACUGACUGAACAGCUAAUGAAAGAGCGGGAGAAGCAGGAUGGUCGCUUAGAGAGCAUAUCGGAGAGUUUGGUCUUGUCAGAAGCGAACCUACGAGGGAUUAUACUGGAGCCAGUGGAAGAAUCAAACAGCGAGGACCAGGGGGUAGACAAGCAGAGCGUCGACUCUCUGAACUGUUGUACGAAUGAAUGUAGGGAACGCUGCAGUUACAGUGAUGGUGCUGACCUGGAGCAUCUCCAGCAGUCGCCGCUGGGCUCCUGUGACUCCAGUAAAAGCCCCAUUAUCCGGGUGGUCAACCGGACUAACGAACAUGGGGAAAAUGAGACCGUUUACUACGUUCUGACCAAUGCACCACAUAACACAGGGAGCACAGGCCCAAUCAGUGAGGACACUACUAUGGAGACUGAAGGACCCUCCACUGACAACAUAGAAAAGACUGCGGAAGAAUUGGGCAUUGAAAUAAUUGGCUAGUACUAAUUAACCAAAUUCAUUGCUGGUGUGUUUGUUUGAUAUUUUGUAUAUUUGCUUUAACUUUGAGUCACAGCCUCUGUGAUGCAAUGUUGACUGGUUUGCCAAUAUUGGCUAUAUUUAUAGACAUGUUUAUUUUUACUGUAGCCCCUCUGUAUGAAAUUCAUUAUGUUGCAUAUCUCGCAUUGCCAGGAGCAAUACAGUCCCUGCUUUCAAUUACGCUACAAUCAUUAGAUCGAAGACAUUUAUUCAAACAGAUUUUGACUGAUGUACAGUGUCAAUACAACAAAUAGUUUUAAUCAGCAA